AUGCUAUUACUCAUUGUUAUGAUUAUGAUGAUUUGGAUGAUUAUAGUGUAAUAAUGACUUUGGUUCUGAAAUGGUUGUGUUGAUGGCGACAAUACUCAUAAUUACAGAUGAGGAGGAUAACAAAAGUGUCUAUCACAGUUGAACAAUUCAUUACCUAAUUGCUUUGUGUACUGCUUGGAAUGAUAUGGUCAACAGCUGUGAGUGUUAGGCCUAUAUUGUAAUUUUUGAGAGCGAGUGAUAAAUUAUAAUAACUUAUUUACUAAUUUUUUAUUUGGAAAUCGUCAAACUUCAGCUGUGAAGAAAAGAAAGAAUGAAAGGAAUAAAAAGGGGACUUUGGCAACAGCUAAGAAUGAUCAAUUCAGAGGUUGACAAUAAAUCAAUGAAAGAAUUACGUUCUGUCAAUUUUACUACAGAAUGAAAAUAAAACAUAACAAAAAGACAAUCAAGAGAGCUGAAGAAUCACUUUUAAUACAUUUGUUUUUUAAAAGGAAGGGGUUUCAAAGAGGGUGUUGUUUAAAAAGAAAGAAAGCAAGAAGAAAAGAAAGGAAUAGAUUAAUACAGAAAUUAAGUGCCGGUAAAGAAAGAAAGAGAGAAUGAAAUAAGAAAGAGAGGGAAAGAAAAGAAAAGAAAAGAAAAGAGACCAACAGGAGAGCUUCACAUAUGUCUCACGAUCUCGCCCGUGUUCUUACUUUCAUGAAAGAGUCCAUUACUUUUUGUUUGUACUUCGACGACAUCGUAGCAUUCACGUUUAGCUUUUUUUUCGAAAUAUCCGCUGGGUCAAACAAACUUUUUUUAAUGCAUUUGAUGAUAAUUUCUACAUAUUUUCACUAUGAGUACUUCGACACUUGAAGGACUUCGAACGUCAAAAAAGGGGAACCUUAUUUACGACAAAUAUUGGCUCGAGGAUGGACGUGUCGAGGAUGUGGUUGCCUAUUGUUCAUCUCCUCCUUCUGUGUCAGUGGAUCUGCUCACCGCUGCACUCUCUAAGACCCAGAUUGCUUCCCCUGUCAGAGAAGAACAGAGAGAAUCUCCAGAGACUAGACAGCGGAGAAAUGACAGUAUCACGGCCAAUGAUGUAGAGGUGGACCAUAACUACAGCAGAAGGAAAGCUUUGGACACCAGCCCUGUUGAGUUGAAUGAGAGCAGCAAUGUUGAGCGUGCAAUCUUCCAAUGUGAGCAGGAGUGGGAGAAGAUUGUCAAGGAGAGAGUAAAGGAGAGGCAGUGGCAGUUACAGGAACACUCCAAGCAGGUCCAGGAACAGGCAGAACAGAACGUGGCCCUCAAAGCCCAGCAGAGAGAACUGAAGCAACGGGCCAUAGUCCAGAUGAAGAGACAAGCCCAGAGAGAGAUGGAUGAGAUGAGAGAAAAGAGACUCUUACAUCAACAAGAACUUCAAAGAUUACAUGUGAAGAGGCUGGAUGCUAAAUUGAAAGCUGCCGUCCAACAAAGAGAAGCAGAUGAAAUGGAGAAGAGGAAAAGAGCGAAAGAGCAGCAAGACUUCCAGCAGAGUUUAAGCCGAGUAAAGAGUCAGGUGGACGAAGCAGCUAAGAAGAUAGUCCAUUUACUCCAAUCAUGCUCUCACAAGGAACACCUGUCCAAGGAGUCUAGCAAACUCCCCAUACAGAUCCAAGCAUUAUGUACAAAGGCUGAUUCACUCGUACAUGAAGCUUCAGAAGUUGAGUCUUUCAGAGGUUCAGAGAGAACCAUGCAGGCAGUCGUUGAUCAACUCAUGCUGAGACAAGAAGAGGCCAUCCGAGCAAUAGCUGAAGCAGAAAGGAAAUUUCAGGAAGAAGUGGCAAGGAAAGAAAAAGAGAAGGAGAGGCUAGAGAAGGAGAGACUAGAGAAGGAGAGACAAGAGAAGGAGAAAGUAAAAGCCAAGAAAUCAGAAGCCAGACCAGAACCAACACAACCCCAGCCAUCAUCAUCAUCAACAACGGCUGUUCCACUUGAAUCAUGUGUUAGUCCAGAUGCACUAAAUGACUACACCGGUCUUCAAGAGAAACAUAAGGUGUUGGAAGAAAGCUGCAAGGGACUUAGUAAAACCACUGAUAAAGAUGUGAAGAAGUAUCGGUUUGACCUUCAGAAAGCAGUGAACACGCCCAUCAACUCGGUGUCCGUCCAGUCGGGCUCCCAUCUCCUGGACAAGCUCCAUCGUAUCAAGGACCUUCUCUCGGGUCUCGAGGUCCAGAUGACCAACCGUCGGGUCAAGGCAACCCAGCCAACGGGCGUGAUCUAUGUCAAGGAUCUUGCUGCUAAGAAGCUAGUGAAACAAGGUGACGAGCAGGUCUCGUCCAAUCACGAGUCAGCGUUUGCCUACGCAGCGAUAGCGGUGGCGCUAUGGCAGGAUAUACCUGACAUGGGGGACCUGUUUCUCUAUCACUUCUAUCAGAGCAGUCCCUUCCUAGUUCCUUAUCAUAUGACUAAAAAGGAUGAUCAGACUCUCGAGGAGUAUUACAAAUCUCUGGGAUAUUGCUAUGAGAGCGAAGGUCAGAUAGAGAAGCAAGAUAAAUACCUGAAGCGUAUGGCAGGAUUCACAAGACUGUAUGCAGCUAUCAUUGCCACACCACCACUUAGAGGACAGUCUCAUCCUCACGGUGUAGAGAGAGGCUGGAUGUUCAUCUCACGAGUCUUGAACCUUGAACCUCAGCCAGACAUCACAGCAACCACUCUCUUUGAUUUCCUGGAGGUUUGUGGUCAAGCAUUAUCAGAGGCGUAUGGAAAACAAUUCUUCAAGCUUUUACAAACUAUCUACAGAAACUACUUCCCAAAGAUUGAAGCUGUUACUCCGCAGGGUUCAGGAGGUCCAGUAAUGAGACUAAAAAGCUUUUUGGAGGAUUGUCUCAAGAGACAGAGAGUACCACCUCCCAAGGGUUUCCUUUCAUCGGACUUCUGGAGGUCAUGACCCCACAAAAUAUCUUUCCCUGGCAUCCAUUACUGCAGAAACAUCAUGAAGCUGGGCUUCACACUCGCUCCAUUUCUGGGGAUUUGGAUAAAAAUUGAAUUCUGUUUGCACUAGGCCAGCUUAUGUUUUGAAAUUGGAGGGGAGGGGGGUGCAGUGGGUCCCGACUAGAGUAAAAUUGGGGGAAGGGGGGGGGGGCUAUCGGCAUUGGACCCCUGUCAUUGUUGAGUCUUACAACAAGAUAUAUUUUUGUCCAUGUUAAAUACAUCAUGAUGAAAGUAUUCAGGUUCAAGAUUUCAAUACAGAGGACUAGUGGAUAAUAUAGCUUUAUCAAAUUUGAUUGGGUAGAACAGAGAAAAAUAUUAAAUCAGUUAAAAAUUCCCUUAAUACAGUUAUUUGAUUUGAUUCAAGAUUAUUCAAUUUAUGACUACUAUAAACUUAUGAUCUCUUAUUAAUUGAGAAAGCAGAAAAUUAUGAAUUAUCUUUAAUAGCAUUUCAAAUUAUUUGGUAGCAAGGACACUUGUAUGCUGGUGUAAUAGAGUAUUAGCAUUCAAAUAGUGUAUUAUACAUGUAUCAUGUACAUUUCAAAAAUUCAUGUUUGUAUUUACUUUGUCCAAUUCUAUUACCUGUAAUUCAAUUAAUUUCAAAUAUCUUUAUUUCUGGGUGUUCGGCAAAGCAGGGUCCCGUCUUAUUAACAGUUUGCGAUUGAUAUCAAAUGCAACUAUGUACAAAAGAGAUUGGGGACUGUAAACUUGCAAUUAGUUAGAGGACUUGUGAUUGGUUUGGAUCAAUCGCAACUUAUGAGAUUGGACCCAGGGCCAGUAUUCAAUUCAAUACUUAGAAUAAGUAAGAAAUUGUCUAAGUAAAUGGCGAAUGAUGAUUAACCACAAUGUUGAUCAAGACCAUAGAUUUAGCAAAAUAUACAUAUUAUGAAGGAUAAGAAAAAUUGGGCCCAAUUGCCAAAUUUUCUUUUUAGCUGUACAACUAUAUGUUUGGGGUAACAUUUGGGGAUGUUCCUUAUUUAAAUUAUCAGGUACGUGUGUAUUACCUCUAAUUACUGACUUUGCAAAACGUGUGAUGAGGCUAUAUGUAAUCAAUUCACCAGACUUGCAUACAAUAUGGCAUGCUUGGCACUAAGUUGGGACCUAAUAAUUCACUUUAUUUUCCUACUUGCAUCAAGGUCAACGUUGUAUGUCAGUUUAAUGUUCUUUACUAAUAGUGCAAAUUUGGCCUUUGAGAAGAAUUCAUAACAAGGCAGUGAUGUGUAAUCUGACAUAUGCCUUGAAAAUGUAUGUAUUGUCAAUAUUUCUCAGAAAAAUCUAUGAAUAAAAUGAACCAUUACAAACAAGAA